AUGAGUGAUGAUUCGGAGGUGUAUUUGGAUAUAUCUAUUGAUAAAAAGCCAGUUGGCCGUAUAGUUUGCAAGAUUUUUCGUGAAAAGGCUCCAAAGACAACUGAGAAUUUUUAUAGACUGUGUGCAGGUGAUGUCAAAAGUCCUCUAAAUGAUCAGAAAUGGCUGAGCUACAAAGGAAAUGGCUUUCAUCGAGUCGUUAAGAACUUUAUGAUUCAAGCAGGUGACAUUGUUCUUGGGACACAGAAGGAUUCCUCUCCCUCUUCUGUUGGGAAAGGUGGCUGUUCAAUUUAUGCCACAGAGGAGGAGGUAAAAGGCAAUAGUGAGUCUUUCUGUUACGGGAAUUUUGAAGAUGAAAACUUGGGGGAGUUUCUUGAACCCUUUUCUCUAGGGAUGGCCAACUUGGGUUCUCCAAACACAAACAAUUCUCAAUUUUUCAUUACUACAUAUGCCGCACCUCAUUUGAAUGGCAAGCAUUCUAUUUUUGGACAAGUUAUUCAUGGAAAAUCUGUGGUUCGUACUGUGGAACACUUCAAAGUAGAUUCUGAUGGAGUUCCUGAAUCGGACAUUAGAAUCGACGACUGUGGAGUGUGGGAUGAAAGCAAAGGCAUACCACUAUAUAAUGCUUMUAAUGACCCAAUUGGGGGCGACGUAUAUGAGGAAUAUCCUGAUGACGAUACACAUUUUAAUGAGGACGAUUUUGGUAACGCUCUUAAAGCUGCAAAUACAAUUAAAGAAUCUGGUACCCUCUUGUUUAAAAAGAAAGACUAUGAGAAUGCAUUCUUCAAAUAUAGAAAAUCAUUAAAUUAUAUUAAUGAAUAUAUGCCAGAGCCUGAUUUAGAUAAAGAAAAAAAUGAAGAGUUUACUGAUUUGAAAAUGAAGGUUUAUUUAAAUCUAUCAUUGGCCCUCUUUAACUUAGAAAGAUAUGAUGAUUCAAUAACAUAUGCCACUUAUUUAUUGGAGAUGUACAAUGUUCCGAACAAAGAUCGAGCCAAGGCAUACUACAGAAGAGGCAAUAGUUAUCUAAAGAAAACAAGAUUGGAUGAAGCUUUACAAGAUUACAGACUUUGUAAAGAAAUGAAUCCUGAUGACAAAGUUAUAGAGCAAAGAAUAGAAUAUGUCGAAAAUAUCAUGGAAGCGAAAAAAGAGAAGACGAGAAGGAAUAUUUCGAAGUUUUUCUCCUGA